CAGUAAAUAUUUGUAUUAGCCGGGGCCGGCUCGCUAAUGGUGGACGCGUGAGGCGGAGGCGCGAGCGCGGGGAGGCCGGAGCGGGCAGCGCGGCGGCGGCGGCGGCGGCGCCAUGUCCGUGAACAUGGACGAGCUGAAGCACCAGGUCAUGAUCAACCAGUUCGUGCUGACGGCGGGCUGCGCGGCCGACCAGGCGAAGCAGCUGCUGCAGGCGGCCCACUGGCAGUUCGAGACGGCCCUCAGCGCCUUUUUCCAGGAGACUAACAUCCCCUACAGCCACCACCACCACCAGAUGAUGUGCACUCCCGCCAACACCCCCGCCACGCCCCCCAACUUCCCCGAUGCCCUCACCAUGUUCUCUCGUCUCAAGGCCUCUGAGAGCUUCCACGGCGGCGGCGGCAGUCCGAUGGCCACAGCCACGUCGCCCCCGCCGCACUUCCCGCAUGCCGCCAACGGCAGCUUCGCCACCCCCAGCUGGCCAACCACAGCCUCGCCCCCCGGGGGCCCACAGCACCACCAGCCGCAGCCGCCCCUGUGGACUCCGGCACCCCCUUCCCCAGCUUCAGACUGGCCACCCCUGGCCCCCCAACAGGCCACCUCGGAACCGAAGGCCCACCCGGCCAUGGAGGCGGAGAGAUAAGGGAGGCCCCUCCCCCCUCCCGGAGGCCAGGUCCCCGUGGGGCGGGGGAGAGGAUGUCUCCGCGGGCCCCUUCACCCCUCCUCUGUCUGCACCCCCUGUGCCCUGGAGCCCUGGAAGGGAGAGACUGGACUCUAGCCAGGCAGGGACACGUCUUUGUGCCGCACGCCCAGCUACAUGCUCGUGAGGUCAGCACAGGCGCGCGGCAGCUCGCAUGGACUUGGCUCCGGCGCUGGAGCACGCACCUUGAAGACCAAACAGCAUCCCACCAGGACCUGCCCACCUGCCCAGGGUUGCCACAGAGACUUGCCCGGCGGAGAGGAGACAAGGCUGGCUCCCAACUGGGAGUCCUCAGGGGCCAGCAGGCCUAGAUCCCCACCCCCAGGAAGCGCAGGGCCCUCUCCGCAUGCGCACGCAGCCAUGUCUGUGUGUUUAUACAUGUGUUGCUCUUCAGAAAGCAACCUAGUUUAUGGGGCAGCUGGACGUUGCAUGUUAGUGUGAGCCCCAAACCCCUUGCCCGCCGCCCUCUCUCCCUAGGGCCCUGCCUCACCCCACCCCCUCACCAGCCAGCAUUGCUGUUCCCUGCAGAGAAAAGGAUUGUGGGAAACUCCAGGCCUCUUCCCACCCAUCUCCCAGCACCUGCCUGCUAGGGCUGCCUGCAUGCCUCCCCCAGAGCCCAGGGGUAUCCAAUCCCACCCCCUUUUAACAAAAGAGAAGAAUUAAUUCCAAACGCCACCAGG